GUCUAUUCUACGUACCUAUCUCUCUUCCUACUCACCGACGUCCUUGCUCUCUCUCUCUUUUCUCCUUUACUCUUCUUCCUUUCUUCUCCAAAACAAUCUAUUCUUCUGCUGGCCUUCAGCUCGUAAUAGACACAUAGUUCGGUUGGACAAUAAGAAUUAUCAUGGAGGAGAUGUCUCUGGAGGACGAAGAGCUCCUGAGGGAGUUUCUAGACGACGGGUCCUCCUUCAUCCUUGACCUCGCGAGUGAGUCGGCACCGGGGCCUGAAUUGACCGGCGCCUCUGCUUCAAGAACUUUCUACGGGCCAACGCUAGGAGACAUUCAAACUGCACUGUCAGCCUGCUACCAGUCGCCGGCGUUCAAAACCCGGCAAACUGCUGCCGCUUUUGCUACCACCACUAUUACCACCUGCACAAGUAGCACUGAAACGGCUGGAUUCCGAUCAGCGCUUUCGUUUCCGGACAAAGGAUGGGAGAAGGCCAAGGCGGAGAACAAGUAUACUCUCAGGAUCAAGAGCUGUGGGAAUGGCGCAGUUGAUGAUGGGUACAAAUGGAGGAAAUAUGGCCAGAAGAUCAUCAAGAACAGCCCCAACCCCAGGAGUUACUAUAAAUGUACCAAUCCACAAUGCAAUGCAAAGAAGCAGGUGGAGAGAUCCUCAGAUGAUCCUGAAACACUUGUGGUGACAUAUGAAGGGCUCCACCUCCAUUACACCUAUCCCUUCUACCAGUUAAGGCAACAGCCAGGGGUGCACCCUAGAGAGCCAGUGACUGAAAGCACUAAAAGGCCCAGGGUUCAGUUGGUUGAGCCCAAAACAAGCCCACUAGAGGAAUCACCUUUAAUUUUCAAGCACCAAGACCAACAACCCCAACCAAAACCCAACUGCCCUAAUUCCUCAGUAAAGGUUGAAGAAUCUAAUUCUUCCCCUCUAUCUACUCCACAACCCCAACUUGGCCUCCUUCAAGAUAUUGUUCCACUAGGCAUCAUGAACCCCUUGCUACCUCCAGCUUGUGCUAGAGCUAGAUCACUAUCAUCACCACCAUCGUCACCUUCAUCCUUCUUAUCUUCAUCCCCACCUCUGUCAUCACUACCAGCAUCAACAUGCUCUACUUCCUCUUCCUGGCUCAGUAAUGGCUCCUAUGAUGUGGGUAUCCUCUCUAGCAAGUGAAGCUCCAUGAUCUGAUCAAGGUUUGGUGAAAAUGGCCAUUUCAGACUUCAAUUACUAGGUAGUGCACUUGGUUGGGUUGAGGUCUUAUUCUCUCUCUCUCUCUCUCUCUCUCUCUCUCUCUUCAUAAUUGUCAACCAACCCCAUGAAGGCCACCAUUCUUGUACACAGAAAAAGCCAAAUCCCCAUAUGAACCAAAUUGUGCAAUGGGCAGCAGCUAACUGUGCCACUAAAGCAAACAAAUCCCAAAUUGCUUUUAGCUUGUUUCUUUUCUCUUUCUAAGGUAUGUAAAGGGGAGUUGGCGAAAGCUAAAAAGGGUUCGUAGCUCCUCGUUACUGCCUUCUCUUUCAAAGAGGAAGGGGAAGGACCAUGUAAUUACCAAUAAAUGUAGUGCAGUAAUGUGGAAAGUUUGGCAGUGCAUUUCAUCCUUUUGCUUUUAGACAUAAUAAGAAGCUCUAAUUAGUGUUGCUU